AUGAAGACUUUCGCAACUCUCAUCGCCAGCGCUGUUGCAUCCCAUAGCAGCUACUCCAGCUAUUACAGCUCUUCAGGCUAUUCCAGCUAUUCCAGCUCCUCAAGUUCCUCCAGCUCUAGCACGAGCUUUGAAGGAGAAUGCGGAGGAAGAAUCACUGAUACCGAAACGAUCAUCUACUCUCCUGGCUUCGAGAGAGGCUACUACUACAAUUUCCUCGACUGCAAGUGGGACAUCGAUUUUGGAGACAUUGCUGGCUUCAACAUCGUCGCCAACACAUUUGAUGUCGAGUGGCACUCUGUCUGCGGCUGGGAUACCGUGACAGUCGAAGCUAAUGGCGAUGAAUUCAAUUUCUGCGGAUCCAACGGCUAUCGACGACGACGAUCCGCAUCCGGUGACCACCCAAAAGAAGAAGAUGAAGGCAAGGCGAAUUACGAUCUCGCCAACCCAAGUAGCGAUGGAUUCCCUGAUUUCUUUGUCAGCGGUGGUCAGGCAUCGAUCAGCUUGACCACUGAUUACUCCGUCCGAAACGCUGGCUUCGAAUUUGUGUUUGAGCGAAUGAGCCGACUUCAGGUCAUCGAAAUGCACCUAAACCGAAUUUUCGACUCGUUCAGCCGAGAGGAAGACUACUCCCGCCGAUACACCGGCCGAAUGACCAGGAUUCUCAAUAAAAUGAAGGCUUCUGAAACCGGCGACAGUUGCUACGCUGAAAACGGAUUCGCAGCCGAAGCCGCUGACAUCCAAGUCUUCGACGCCGACAACAUGUGCAAGCUCAACGGCCAACUCAACGCAGCCAUCAACUCCUGGGCCCGAAACUGGGCCUGCGAUGGACGAGGUCGAGUCCACCGACAGAUCAUCCGAGCUGCUCGAAAGGUCCGAAACUUCUACAACGACAGAGCUGGCUGCUAA